UUUGAUUCGCGACGUCGUAUUUCCUGCAAGCAUCUUUUCGUCCCCAUUUUCCACCUUCUGCUACAACUGCCCAUCUUUCCUCUGAGUCGAGCCUCGUUCAUGGCGGCGGAAAAUGAGCCGGCGAAGCUACUUCUUCCUUAUCUUCAGCGGGCUGAUGAGCUGCAGAAACACGAACACCUCGUUGCCUACUACUGUCGAUUGUACGCGAUGGAACGAGGGUUAAGGAUUCCUCAGAGCGAUCGCACUAAGAUGACCAAUUCCCUCCUUGUUUCCCUCAUGAAUCAGCUCGAAAAGGAUAGAAAGUCGCUGAAGUUGGGGCCUGAUGAUUAUCUACAUGUUGAGGGAUUUGCCUCGAAUGUAUUUUCGAAGGCAGACAAACAAGAUAGGGCUGGACGAGCUGAUCUAAAUACUGCAAAAACUUUUUAUGCUGCAAGCAUUUUUUUUGAAAUCCUGAAUCAGUUCGGGGAACUUCAGCCUGAUCUUGAGCAGAAACAGAAGUAUGCAGCAUGGAAAGCAGCUGAUAUAAGGAAGGCACUUAAAGAAGGGAGGAAGCCUAUUCCAGGUCCUCCCGGUGGGGACACAGAUUUAUCAGUGCCAUCAAGUACAUAUAAUGGUGCAAAUGAUCUUGAACCAAGCAGAAGUGAUGUGGCUGACUUGGGCACCAGAUCCGACCUGGCAAGGGUAGAUUCUGCUGCAAGAACUGCACCAGCUCCAGAUUCAUUUCCUCAAGCAUAUGAUCACGAUAAUCUUCAGCAUUCUACUGAUUUCUCGCAGCCACCUUCAAAUGUUAUGGGAUCACCUGCUUCGGGUAUUCCACCCCAAUCUCAUCAUCCUACUGACAAUUACUCUGGAGUAGAUCCUGCCUCAAGAAUGGCACCAGAUUCAGAUUCGUUUCCUCAAGCCUAUAAUCGUGAUAAUUUUCAGCAUCCUACUAGUUUCUCCCGACUACCUUCAAAUGUUGCAGCCCCACCUCCAUCAACCAUGGCUCCACCAUCUCAUUUUCCUAGUGAAAACAUCCACCAACCACCAAAUGGCUCUGAGCAUUCUGUUUAUCAUCAUCAAUCACAUCCGCACCCGCCAUACCAGCCUGAACCUCAUCAGAGCAUACCGCAAAACUACCCUUCCCAUGAUAUACCCUCUUUUGCAUCAUAUCCCAAUUUUCAGUCCUACCCGAGUUUCUCGGAGAGUAGCCUUCCCGCUGCUCCUUCUCAUUACCCUUCUUAUUAUCAAGGUUCCGAUGUUGCUACCUACACCAGUUCACCACCUUCUAACGCAGCGGCUUAUUAUCAAGGUUCCGAUGUUGCUACCUACACCAGUUCACCACCUUCUAACGCAGCGGCACCAUAUGCUUCAACUCCUCAAUAUAGUUCUAGUGGCAAGAACGGGAGCCUUUCGGAAGUUUCACCACCGACCUCGGAAAGGUACGAGUAUGAUAGCAGUUACCAGCCUCCACCUGAAAAAAUUGCUGAAGCACACAAGGCGGCGAGAUUUGCAGUAGGGGCUUUGGCAUUUGAUGAAGUAUCUGUUGCAGUGGAUCACCUUAAGAAAGCUCUCGAUUUGUUGACGAAUCAAUCAUCUGCCCACUGAAUCCUCUUGUAUGUGGACUUCAUACCAAGAUUGAUUUCCUUGCUUCAUUCACUUGCAUGCUAAAUUUACUUAUUCAUUAUCCAAGUUGUUGCAUGGAUUGUAUAUAUUUGUUAUCUUUAUUUGUUUCAAGUUGGCCUUGAUGUUUCUCUA